CACGGGGACGGCGCCCUGUGCCUGUCCCGGGGCGGCUUCCACGAGCGCGGCCAGGACUGGCCGACCACGCGGCGCAUCUACAACUGCCACGCGCUGCUGGACCCCGCAGGUCGCCUCGUGGCCGCCUACAGGAAGACCCACCUGUGCGACGUGGAGCUGGAGGGACGCGUCACCAUGAAGGAGAGCAGCUUCACCAACCCCGGCGCCGAGAUCGUGGCGCCGGUCAGCACGCCGGCGGGGAAGCUCGGCCUCUCCGUCUGCUACGACCUGCGCUUCCCUGAGAUCUCGCUGGCGCUGCGGCGCGCCGGCGCCGAGAUCCUCACCUACCCCUCGGCCUUCACCGUCCCCACGGGCUCGGCGCACUGGGAGGUGUUGCUGCGGGCCCGGGCCAUCGAGAGCCAGUGCUAUGUGGUGGCAGCCGCCCAGACCGGGAAGAACCACGAGCGCCGGACGUCCUACGGCCAUGCGCUGGUGGUGGACCCCUGGGGCGCCGUGGUGGCCCAGUGCCGCGAGGGACCCGGGCUCUGCUACGCCGAGAUCGACCUCGACUACUUGCACCGCAUCCGCCGCGAGAUCCCGGUGCACAGCCACCGCCGACCUGACCUCUACGGCACCGUGGCGGCUGCGGGGCUGGCGCCGGCGCCGUGA